AUGGAGAGUGUGCCAGGACGAACACCCCAGUGGGCAUCAGUGAGUGUAGCCUCGGCCAACACACAAGGGCAGCUGGAUACAGAGCUUGUUGGAACAAUACCCCCUUGGCUGAAUGGGUGCUUGUACCGGAACGGCGCUGGAGUUUAUAAAGUUAAAGAUACUGACAUAAAGCAUUUCUUUGAUGGAUUUUCGGUGAUUCACAAGUUUACUAUCAGCGAUGGAAAAAUAACCUACUCGUCAUCACUGCUAGAUACGUGUACUUUAGCUGAUGCGCUGGGGAUCAAGAGGAUUAUACCGACGGCGAGGGGGCUAGCAUCGUUAGACGAUCCUUGUAAAAGUAUUUUUAAAGGCCACUUUGCCAUGUUCCCACCCGAGAGAACAGACAACACCAAUGUCAACAUCGUGCAGUUCGCUGACUCCCUGUAUGCCCUGACGGAGACACCGACCGUCAACCAGAUUCACCCGGACAAACUCAACAGAUUGGCAUUGAUAGACCUGACACAAGUUGUGGCUAUCCACACGGGCACCGCACAUCCACAUUUCGGUAGCAAUGGAGACAUGUUUAGUUACGGAACUAACUUUGAUUACAGAAGAGCUUACAACAUUGUGAAAAUACCACGCCCACCGCUGUUGACAGCAGAAAUCCUUGCCAGCAUUUCCAGCAGAUGGCCGACCAACAUUUCCUACAACCACAGCUUCGGCAUGAGCGAGAACUAUUUUGUAAUACUCGACCAGCCCGUGACGUUCAACACAACAAAGUUUGACCUUACCAGGUCGGACAUACAAGGCAUGGCAGAAACACUGGCCCUGCGUCACGGAGAACCGCUCCAGUUUCAUAUCAUAGACAGACGCAACAACAAAAGACUUCGGACCAUCUAUGAAACCGACUCUUCUUUCGUUUUCCAUUUCGUCAACUGCUAUGAGGAGGAGGAUUAUUUAAUCGUCGAUGUUAUCAUCUACCACGACAUCAGCGCCAUCCUUCGGUUGUACGUGGACAGCUUGAAGAAAACCAAUUUCCAGAUUCCAGAUGCUGGAUCGUUUGCCAGAUUUGUACUACCCCUCAACGCGGACAAUGUGCCGUGCGAUGUGAACCUCGUCAGCUUACUUGGAAGUAAGGCUACGGCAAUCAAAGAUUUUGAUGCCACAAAUACCAUCAUAGUCACACCGGAUUUUCUCCUGCCUGACAAAAUCAACAUGGAGCUACCUCGCAUCAACUAUGAUUUCUGUGCAGGCCGAAGGCACAGAUAUGUCUAUGGAAAUGCCAUCUUCAGUAGCUACUACAGGCUGGUCAAGCUGGAUGUCCAGGAGAAAACUGUCAAGGAGUGGAGACUGACACAGUACUACUACCCAGGGGAGCCCAUCUUUGUGGCCUCCCCAGAUGCUAAGGAAGAGGAUGAUGGUAUCAUUCUCUCUCCUGUUCUGUGUGAGACCCUGGACGAGAGGUCAUUCCUGCUGAUACUUGAUGCCCGCUCUUUCACAGAAAUUGCCCGUGCGUACAUCCCUGAGAACGUCCAAAUGUCCAUGACUUUUCAUGGAACGUACACGAAACAGACACAGGUUAAUGGGGACAGUGCUGCGGUCAGUAUACAUCUUUGA